AUGCUUACAAAACGAACAGCUGGUUUGCCUUUAAUCUGUCUUGUAUGUGGUGAUAUUGCACGUGGAAUCAAUUAUGAUGUCAUGACAUGCAUGUCUUGUAAAAUAUUUUUUCGACGACAUAUACUAAAAUCAGACAUUAAACUCCAAUGCCAAUUUAACAAUAAUUGUCAAAUAACACAAUAUACAAGAAGUAUUUGUUCAACCUGUCGUUUGAACAAAUGUUUUGCGUUUGGUAUGAAUCCACAAUUAAUACGUCGUUCGUCCUACAAUCAACUUCAAUUAAAACAUCAACGACUUCUAGAAAUUAAGAAUAACAAUGAAAGUCAAUUACCACAGCCUUUACCACUUAGUCUUCUUAAUAAUGAUCGUUCAAAUCUUACAAAAAAUGAAUGGAAUCUUCUUUCGAAUGUAAUUCAUGCUUAUGAUGAAGCAAAUAUAAUUCCACAAAUGAAAUAUAAUCUUGAACAACAAUCAUCAUUACCACCAAAACUACGAUUAAAUCCAUCAAAA